UUUCAGAAGCUUGUGCUUGUGUACAUAGCUGAAAACCCCUCCGCAGUGACCAUACGAAUAAUUAGCAAAUCAUUGAACUUGAAAUAGCCCAUUAUAAACCUAAAUGCGCUGCAGAAGAUAAAACAGCUAGCCUGAGACCAAGACGGAAUUGUAUUGAUGUGGAAUUUGACAAGGUGUUAGAAUACAAAAGGAUUCCACGGUCCAGCACAAGGUGUCAGGAUGAGCUUCUUCAGUUUCGGACAAAGUGCUGAAAUUGACAUAGUUCUAAAUGAUGGCGAGACGAGGAAAAAGGCUGAGCACAAGACAGAAGAUGGGAAAAAGGACAAAUAUUUUCUGUUUUACGACGGGGAGACAGUGUCUGGCAAAGUCAACGUAACGCUGAAGAACCCAGGGAAAAGGCUAGAGCAUCAAGGAAUCAAAAUAGAAUUUAUCGGGCAAAUCGAGUUGUACUAUGACAGAGGAAACCACCAUGAGUUUGUCUCUCUCGUAAAGGAUUUAGCUCGGCCUGGGGAAAUGGCCCAAUCUCAGACCUUUGAUUUUGAGUUCACACAUGUGGAGAAACCAUACGAGUCCUACACAGGCCAGAAUGUAAAACUUCGCUAUUUCCUGCGGGCAGUCAUCAGCAGGAGAUUGAAUGACAUCUCUAAAGAGAUGGACAUCGUAGUGCACACACUCAGCACAUAUCCAGAACUCAACACCUCCAUAAAGAUGGAGGUGGGAAUCGAGGACUGUCUACACAUUGAAUUUGAGUACAACAAGUCAAAGUAUCACUUGAAAGAUGUGAUUGUGGGGAAGAUAUAUUUCCUGCUGGUGCGAAUUAAGAUCAAACACAUGGAAAUUGAUAUUAUUAAACGAGAGACAACGGGGACCGGGCCAAAUGUUUACCACGAAAAUGACACCAUUGCAAAAUACGAGAUCAUGGAUGGGGCACCUGUCCGAGGUGAAUCCAUCCCUAUCCGUCUUUUCUUGGCUGGAUAUGAGAUGACGCCUACCAUGAGGGACAUUAAUAAAAAAUUCUCUGUUCGAUAUUACCUGAAUCUCGUACUCAUUGACGAAGAAGAGAGACGUUACUUCAAACAGCAGGAGAUCACACUAUGGAGGAAGGGAGACAUUGUAAGGAAGAGCAUGUCCCAUCAAGCUGCCAUUGCCUCCCAGCGCUUUGAGGGCUCAGCGACCUCAGAGAAAGCUCUCGCUCAAGCUAAAGAGGACAGCAACUAAACCUGACCUUGGAAUUUCAUCAUCUCAUGUGUGUACAGUAUGUGCAUGUGUGUGUGACAGAGAGAGUGUGUGUAUGGACUCGAAGCAAGACGGGUGGGGCAGCGUAAACAUGAUAUUUCAUGACAUUCCUAAACAUUAUACUUUAUGAUCAACAAGAUGUUAAGUAAGUAGCUUUUAAAAAAGGGAUAAAUAUAUGAAGAUUAAAAAAAACUUAAAUCGAUAUUUACAAAUUCUUUGUGGCUGUUCUUCAGAUGUUUACUUUUUCUUUUACAUUUGCUUUUAACAUCUCAGCAGUCCAUCAAGAAACCACAAAACAUUUCAGUCUCUAUUUUCCACAUACAGUCUAUUUUUAAGUUCUGUUUCUAAUACUUUGUUAUUGUUGAGUUUUCUUGCAUAACAUAUUCAUGGUAUACAGUGUUCAGUUUUAGUUUCCUAAUGCAACAGUGUUUAAUUCAUAUUUAUAAUUAAUUUGAAUAGAUAUCAUAAUGCACUCUGAAAAAAAAAAAAAAAAACUUUUAUAUACUUUUUGAUUACCAAUACAUGCCUUUUUACUUUUUGUUGCCAUUCCUGAGGAACAAUUAUGGGCACUUCAGGGUCUCAGGGGGAUACCCUAUACUCCAUAUCAGCCCAAAUUUACUUUACAUAUCUAUUUUUUAGAUUUUAAACGAACAAACCAAAUUAAUUUCCCUGUGUCAGCAGUCGUGUUUUAUGUAAACUGAGGUCGGUCAGUUCAUAGUGACAAUAAUUUAAAGGGAUAGUUCACCCAAAAAUGAAAAUUCUCUCUUCAUCCAUCCCAGAUGUUUAUGACUUUCUUUCUUCUGCCGAACACAAACGAAGAUUUUUAGAAGAAUAUCUCAGCUCUGUAAGUCCAUACAAUGCAAGCGAAUGGUGGCCAGAACCUUGAAGCUCCAUAAAGCACAUAAAUGCAGCAUAAAAGUAAUUCAUAUGACACCAGUGGAUUAAUUCAUGUCUUCAGAAGCGAUAUGAAGGUGUGUCCUUUUUCGUUAUAAAUUCUCCUCCCUGCCCAGUAGGUAGCAAUAUGCACAAAGAAUGUGAAUUGCCAAAAACAAAAGAAGAAGAGUGUGUAAGUGGUAAUGGUUUCUCACUCUCACCUAUCAUAUUGCUUCUGAAGACAUGGAUUUAACCACUGGAGUCUUAUGAAUUACUUUUAUGCUGCCUUUAUAUGCAUUUUGGAUCUUCAAUGUUCUUGCCACUAUUCACUUGUAUGGUAUGGACCUACAGAGCUGAAAUAUUCUUCUAAAAAUAUUUGUGUUCAGAAGAAGAAAGAAAGUCAUACACAUCUGGGAUGGCAUGAGGGUGAGUAAAUGAUGAGAGAAUUUUCAUUUUUGGGUCAACUCUCCCUUUAAUAGGUAGAGUGUUUGUACUUGGCUCCCUGCCAUGUUUUUAAGUGUAGAAAAAUAUUGAAAUGAAAUUCAGUAUUAUCGCUGUAUGACGUUUGAUUAUGGCGAAACAGAAAUGUUUAAACAAGUUGUUUGCUGUUGUUUUAGUCAAUUUUACAUUCAACCUGUCUUUUUUUCACAUUAAUUCCUCUAAACUUAACUUUCCCAGAAUUUAGGAGGCAUUAACAUUUUUUUUUUUUUUUUUUACCAACACUGGAAAUCAGCUGCCCUCUUUUUUAAUGUUGUAACUUCAACCAUUCACUAACCAAUAUAGAAUUUCAAAAAAAUAUCUGAUUGUAACAGUGCAGUUUAGCAAAUUCUUCUUACAAAGAUCAUGACUGUUUGAAAAGCUUACAGAAGUAUUACCAAACAUUUCUUGGAAGCGUUUCCCAUUUUCAGAGAGCAGGGCCAUUACGGCUGCUUUUCAAAGAGGUGUUUUUUAUUAUUGCUUCUUGCCGUGUCUAGAAAGUUGGGGUGUUUAUCUGUCCAAAAAACAUGAUAAAUUAUUUAACAAUAAGCUGUCUUCUGUGAGACUAUCAUUUCUGUUGCUAGUUCCUCCUGUCACUUAAGUAAAAAAAUGUCCUUGUGUCAGGGACUGAACAUUAACUAAACUAAAUUACAGUAGGUAUGUGGCAUAUUGCUCCGACACUAGGGUCCAGGUACUGUUUCUUAAACAUUAUAAAACUUGCAUUGGUGUCAAUUUAGAUGAUUGAAAGUGUGACUGUAAAACGUAUGAGGAUAAGUACCCGCCACAGAGGGAUGCAGCUCAUGUUUAAAGACUUCCAAAUGUAACCGAUAUCUCCACUGUCUGUUUCACUAAAGCAUUUCUUUGCAGAAUAGUCAUGCCUCUUGCCCUUUAUGUCUUCGUGUGCCAUGACUUUGCAUAUAAUUACAAAUUAGCACUGUGUAUCCUUUCAAAACAAAGAAGUAAAAAAUGAAUAAUGUUUCCUAACUUUCUUUACACUCAUCAGUGUGCAAAAAAUUGCUGCUUUAAACUGCAUUAGAUAAACAACCAUAUUUCUAUAUUAAUAUUAUGAAUGUACAGUAUAUAUUUACAGAAUUGUAAGUAUAUGAUUUUGAAAUGAUUUAGAAAACGCUGAUUGACAGCUCUUAAGGUACUAGCAGAGUUUACGAAAGGGAGUUACAAGAUUCUAGAAAUCAAAUGUGCUAAUUUAAAUUGGAGUGCAGAAAACAAAUUAUCUAACUGCUCUUUCAGUACUUGUAUCAUGUGCUCUGUAUACAGUAUGAAAUUUGUUUUUACUCUGAUUUCACAAAUUAAAAGAAUCCUCUAUAA